AUGGUUGGCUGUAAGAUGUCUCAGCUGUUCUUCCUGCUCAUCCUGGUCAUCUUCCUGGCAGAGUUAGCAGCAGCCAUCUUGGCCUUCGUAUUCCGGGAGCAUCUCACCAGAGAGAAGUUUACCGGAGAUCUGAAGAGACACUACCAGGGACACAACAACACGGACGUCUUCACCUCCACGUGGAACGCCCUCAUGACCACCUUUGACUGCUGUGGGGUGAACAGCCCGGAUGACUUUGAGGAGAGCCUGUUCAGGCUCCUCAGCCCAGACAAGAUGGUUCCUGGGGUGUGUUGCCAGGGCAACGGUCACCCUGGAGAUGCGGUGGAUGACCUCAGCAGGGACGAGUGUCUGAGGGGAAGCAUGGAGCUCCGCUACAACAAGGGUUGUUACUCAGCGGUGAUGGAUUAUUUUGAGGCAUACAUCUACAUGACAGGAGCUCUGGCCAUUGUUGUCCUGACGAUUGAACUGUUUGCCAUGGUGUUUGCCAUGUGUCUGUUCAGAGGAAUCGACCAGUAACCCUGACAACACACACAACUCCAGGAAGACACUCAACAGAGGGACACAGACUGACGAAGGAGAAGAGAGCCCGAAGAGAUCCACCUGUAGAUGUUUAAUCAAAUGUUAGGAGAACAGAGCCUAAAGACAACCAACCAUGUUAGGAGAAUAGAGACUGUAGAUUAUAAAUCAGAUGUUAGGAGAAUAGAGCCUGUAGAUUAUAAAUCAGAUGUUAGGAGAAUAGAGACUGUAGAUUAUAAAUCAGCUGUUAGGAGAAUAGAGACUGUAGAUUAUAAAUCAGAUGUUAGGAGAAUAGAGCCUGUAGAUUAUAAAUCAGAUGUUAGGAGAAUAGAGACUGUGGAUUAUAAAUCAGAUGUUAGGAGAAUAGAGACUGUAGAUUAUAAAUCAGAUGUUAGGAGAAUAGAGCCUGUAGAUUAUAAAUCAGAUGUUAGGAGAAUAGAGCCUGUAGAUUAUAAAUCAGCUGUUAGGAGAAUAGAGACUGUAUAUUAUAAAUCAGAUGUUAGGAGAAUAGAGCCUGUAGAUUAUAAA